ACUCUCUUCGCUUCUCUCUCUCUUCCACGUUAACCCUUCCACUCCCUCCAAAUCUUACAGUUUCACUCUCUGCGUCGCCGCCGCCGUAUAUAUAUAUAUAUAUACACAUACAUACACACUGGCUAUGCAAGGCGUCCGCCUCUACGGACCGUUAUCGGACGGAGGAGUGAGGCUAGAGCUGAGUCCGACGGCCACGGCGUCUCCGCUCACCAUCGACGUCGCCGAGACGGCGGAGGUGAAAAUCCAGCGCCUGAUUUCGGAGAAUCCGGUGGUGAUCUUCAGCCGCGCCGCCUGCUGCAUGUGCCACGUCAUGAAGCGCCUCCUGUCCACCAUCGGCGUCACGCCGACGGUCAUCGAAUUGGAAGAGGAUGAGAUCGGCGCCCUGCCGAGCUCCCCCGCCGCCGCCGCUGCCGAGGAGGACGGCGGUGGUGCCGGUGCCCCCGCGGUGUUCAUAGGCGGGACACGUGUCGGGGGGAUAGAGAGCCUCGUGGCGCUCCACGUGAGCGGUCGCCUUGUUCCAAAGCUGGAGGAAGUUGGGGCUAUCACCAAUAUGGUAUUGUAAUUUCCGUACUCCAUCAGGGACACGUUUGUAAUUUCACCCUAGCCCCAAAACAAUUACAUAAUUAUAGUUAUAACUUAUAAUUACUAUAUUAGGAGAAGAUUACCCCGUAAGUCUCAAAUGUUGAUUUGGGUAUUUAGGUCUAUCUCGUUAAUUAAUUUCAAUUCCCUAUAUUUUAGAACAAAAAAAAAAAAAAAUUGUAUAUUAGGUGGCAAUGUUACAAGGGCAAAUAAGUAACUUACACGUGUCUUAGAACUUGUGGUCUUAAAAUGUUAUUAUUAUUAUUAUUAUUAUUAUUAUUAUUAUUAUUAUUAUUAUUAUUAUUAUUAUUAUUAUUAUGCAUUAAUUGUUAGAAUGUGGUUUUGCUUUUUCUUUGACUAUAAAAUAUUUGGGGCUAUGCUUUGUCUCUCCAUGUUUGUAAUGGUUGGAAUUAUGGGAAUGGAGCUUAAAGACUUUUGUGUGUGUGAAUACACAAAACUAUAGAUAUAUGCAUGUGUAUGUAUAUAUUUAUAUAUUUGUUGUCAAUUCAAUUAUCACUUUGAAUAUCCUAGUUGUUGUAAAAGAAUAUUCUUGUGCUUUUAUAUUGAAGUAUUCUUAC